AUGGAAAAGAAGCAACUGAAGAAGGAUGGAGUUUCAGAGAAAACCUCCGGUUGGUGCGGAGAAAAAAAUGGCCACGAACUCAGAUCAGCUGUUCUGAUCCAGCGGUGGUAUCGACGCUAUGUAGCCCGACUCGAAAUGCGACGGAGAUGCACCUGGCGCAUCUUCCAAUCCAUAGAAUAUGCGGGAGAACACGAUCAAAUGAAGCUCAGCCAUUUCUUUGACUAUCUCUUAGAGAACGUCGCAUCAAAAAACACGAAAGAUAGGGAUUUCCUUAACCGCAUCCUGUCGGAGACGGAUAAUACGAAACGGAUCAAACUGGAAAAAGGAAUGGAAUCUAUGGAGGUACCAGUUAGUUACAGGGGCCCUCGACUCAGUUUCCCCCUGACGCCGGACGAUGCGGUAAACAUCCUGGAAGCCUUCAGAAACAAUCAACAGCUUCAUCCUUACUAUGUUUUAAAACUCUUCCAAGAGGCGGAACACCAUCUGAGCCAGCUGCCAAAUAUUAACAGAAUCUCUACCUGCUACAGUGAGGAGAUCACCGUGUGUGGAGACUUACAUGGACAAAUAUUCGACUUGUUUCACAUAUUUUACAAGAACGGACUUCCUUCUCCGCAGAAGUUGUACGUCUUCAACGGUGACUUUGUGGACAGAGGCAAGCAUUCCAUUGAGAUCCUGAUCAUUCUCUUUGUUUUCCUCUUGAUUUACCCCAAAGAGGUCCACCUGAAUCGAGGCAACCAUGAGGAUUACAUGAUCAAUUUCCGCUACGGGUUUACCAAGGAAGUCACCCGCAAAUAUAAGGAUCAUGCCAACAGACUCCUGGCGGUGAUCAAGAAUGUCUUCAGCAGCCUGCCAUUGGCAACUGUGAUUGACAGAAAGGUCCUGAUUGUACAUGGAGGCAUAUCUGAUAAGACCGAUUUGGAACAGCUAGCCAAAGUUGAGAGGUGUAAGGUUGUGGAUAUUCUAUGGAGUGACCCUGAUCCUAGACCUGGAUGCACAAUGAAUUUGGAAAGGGGCGGAGGCUGUUACUUUGGACCUGAUGUGACGGAUAUGUUUCUGCAGAAACACCGCCUGCAGUUCAUCAUCCGUUCUCACGAAUGCAAGCCAGAAGGUUAUGAAUUCAACCACAAUCGGAAGGUCAUCACCAUAUUUUCGGCUUCCAACUAUUAUGCAGUGGGCAGUAACCGGGGUGCUUACAUCAAACUGGGACCUGACCUCAUACCUCAUUUGGUCCAGUUUCAAGCCACCAAAGGAGUAUCCCGUCAAAUGAACAUAACUCAACGGAUCAGCCGAGUGGAGGAGUCAGCGUACCAAAUUUUAAAGGAGCAGCUGUUUGCCCACAGGUCAGAACUCACCAUAACGUUUAAGAGCUACGAUAGGAAGAACACAGGCCUCAUCACCAUAAACGACUGGGCAAAAGCCAUGGAGUCGGUCCUCCAGCUAGGACUGCCAUGGAGGAUGCUGAGACCACAUCUGAUACUGCAACUGACCAAUGGAAAAGUGGACUACAGGACGUGGCUUAAAGACAUUGUGACAGAAGAGAAAUCUGCAACCCAAGAGCGCCUUCAGUCGAGUUUGCUGGAAAGCAUUUACCGAAACCUGUCCAAUCUGGAGACUAUCUUCAGCCUCAUCGACACUGAUUGUUCAGAUGUAGUGAUGUCAGCAAGGACACUCAUCCACCUGUUCCAGUCACUGAAUCCACGGAUGUUGCAGAAAAAAUUCCGGGGUAAACCAACAGAAGCCACUUCAGAAGCCAAGAUCCAUGAAUAUGGGGAAUUGGAUGUCAAAGAUUAUAUUCCAGGAGCUGAAGUCCUGGAGCUCGAGAAGGAAGAAGAAGAAGAAAACCUUAAAGAAGAAGGAGACGGUUGGGAGACAGCCAGCUGCAGCGAAGAGGAAGAUGAUGAAGAGGGAGAGUGGGUGGACGUGCACCACUCCUCGGAUGAGGAGCAACAAGCGAUAGUAGGGCGUUCUUUUACCCUUACAUUUUUGCCAAACAUUUUCCUCUAUGACUAUAAUUAUGCUUUGCUAAGUUCCUGGCUCAUUGAGCUGGGCCUGAAUUUGCAGG